AUGGAGCACUCAAAUAUCUACCGACGACGAGGCUUCCAGAUGGGCAACAUCUUGGGCGACCCGUUUGCGCUGGCAACUACAUCAAUCGGUUUUCUUGCGUGGCUCAUCACCUUUGUCGGAUGCAUCAUCGGCCAGAUCCAAGAGACACCAACCGACCCAUUUCCCAAAUUCUCCUGGUGGGCGAGCAUAUUCAGCAUCUUCUUGAUUCUCGGCGUCUUCUAUGUUGUCGGUAGCGACACGAUUCAGACCUAUCAUGUGGCACUUACGGGGUAUUCUGCUGGAGGCAUGGUGCUGGUAACCUCGUCGGUCAAUUCCCUGGUAUACUCAAAGGACGCAGCUCGAGAAGCUGCCGCUGCCGGUUUCAUUCUCCUUUCCAUGGUCGUGCUCGUCUGGACUUUAUACUUUGGAUCGACGCCUUCUGCUACACCCCGUGCAUUCCUCGACUCCUUCGCCCUCACCAAAGAGUCUGCCCACAUGCAGCGACAAACCAUGAGCAACUACGGCAGUGGCAUGGGUCGUCCUGAGACGUCCAAUUCCGUCCAACCACCGCAAAUGUAUACAUCUGCUCAGCUCAAUGGCUUUGAAAAUCCUUCGCCUGUUGGCGGCGCCUCUCAAGUUGGUGGAGGUCGCGCCUCCCAUCUCUCCGGCUUUGGUGGGCCAGCCCAGAUCAAAGUAACAGGCCCUGAUGCGGAAGUUGUACCUCCCACCGAAUACCCUUAUCGAGCAAAGGCCAUCUUCAACUACAUCGCCAACCCUCAAGAUCCAAACGAGAUUUCUUUCCAGGAGAAGGAUAUUCUCGAGGUGUCUGAUAUUAGCGGACGAUGGUGGCAAGCGCGAAAUAAAAAUGGAGAGACUGGUAUUGCACCUAGCAACUAUCUCGAGCUGUUAUGA